AUGAGAGACAAGUCUUCUAGCAUGGUGUCGCAAAUAUUCAACAACAGAUGUUCGCAACUGCUCACGUUGGCUGUGUGCUUCUACGCUGCCAACGUGAGCGCGUCAAAUUACUCCUCGAUUGUGGAUAUUUGGCCCGACAUGGCAAACUUGUCUGCGGAGCCCAGACAACCCGGUGUCAGUUACAUUACUGGCGGCUUAUCCUUGUUUCAUUGUUGCAAAAUCGCUCUCAACGCGUCUGUGCAAAUUGAAGACGGGCGGUUAAGCUUUGUUCCCGGCCAAACGUUCCUUCACGGUGAUCCUCAGGUUUUUGCUGGAUAUCCAAACCCGUGCAAUGGGCCUCCAUAUACUGGAUAUGAAGCAAGCGUACCACAGGGAACCAUCAGUUAUUCCUGGUGUGCGGAAAGAUGCCCGGGCUGGCAACGCAUCGACCUGCACGAUGUGAAAGCAUGGGUUCAACAGAUGCUCUCCUACACUCUGCCAGCAGCCAUCUUCAGCACAAACAUACCGCGUCGUCGACAGCUCCGUAUCCCUAGCCAAUACUUUCCCCGCUUGACUUUUCUCUCGUUUCUGUCCCUGGCAUACAAGCUUCCUAUUGCGACCUUCUUAGCCACUGUAGACGUAGUCCUGUGGUUGGUCGUCGUCUUUUGUCUUUCGGGGCCGAUGAUGUUGUCUGGCCUAUACGGGAGCUUACUGGAUCACAAAGUACUUCGACAGCUGGCCACAAAUUCAACUUUGAGAUCGUUGACAUUCAAGCAACGAUGCCAUCUUACAAUGAUUCUACCACUUGGGAGCCUUGACCAGAAGCCUGCCUGGGAAGCCUCGGUGUCUGUUGUGAAGAGGCUUCCAGACCUGACAGCCGUAGCAACCGAUAGAGACCGGCUUGUUGGCAGGAAGAUACGAAUGCUGUUGCAAACCCAGCAGAUGUUUGGCUCCGCGCUAGGUAUUGGGGUGCUUUUCUUCAUCUCGGCCUUCAUCUACGCAUGCUUGGAACUGCAAGACAAUCUCGGCGGGUCGUAUGUAUACCACGAGCAGCUCACUAGUGCUGAGGGGGUCUUCUCUCAUAAUCUAGCUUUCGGGAUCUUCUGGAUGGUAAUUCCUCACGUUGCCAUCAUCGCCAAUAUGACGCUUAUGAGCUCGGAUCUGACUUCUUGGGAUCUCGUGGCCCUCGAACAUGUCCCAGAAAGUCAUCAGGUGGACCCUCAGCUUCGCAAAGGGGAGGGAAUCUGGCAUCGGGUGCUGAGGCAUUUUGGAUUGUGCUCCAGAGAUACCUCCGCAUUAUCUUACAAAGUGGCCUGGCAAUGGGACCAGGGGCGCUGUAAGAUGGGUUGGGUGGAAAGGUAUAUCGAGGAAUACCCUAGGUUGGGGCGCAGUCUACGUACACAACUUCGCAUCAGUUCUCUUGAGAUGGUGUGCUCCAUCUGGCUUCCGGCUCUGUUCAUACUUUUGGUUCCUAGCGCCCUGGGAUGCUUGAUCAGGUACGUCAGUGUUUUUGCGACGACACCGUUGGUGGGAAUCGGCUGUAAGUCGAUCAUCCCUAUCGUAUACCUCGCAGCGCAGUUCUGCGGAGUGCUCCGUGUGUUCUAUGUUCUUUUCGCUUUCGCGGCCGGUGUUGCAUCUGUAGGGGGUACAAUCGCCGUCGACCUUGGAAUGACAAAUAACUGUCUAUGCCUAAUUCCGGUAAGUGUACAUCUCAUGUCUCAAUGGAUGAAGCGGUUUGACCCUUCAGCCGUGACAUUUUUAAGCUCAAACGUUAAUGAAGGAAAGUAUUAUGCAUCUCAGUUCUGGCUCAACUGCGGCAUUGCCACUGCAGCUUUUCUCUUCGCAAUGAUGUACCUUGGAUGGUGGUGGUCAAGGAGUUUGUGGACGCAAUUCUACGCUCUGUGCGACGAGAUCAGCGGGUCGUUAGAAAAAAUAGCUGCCCAAAAGAUAAGAACCGUGUUCAAAGGGUACAGGAUUCCAACAACUGAGAUUCACCAAAGGCCUCCUUCCCCCUCAUACUGCGGAAAUUUCCUCCAUGCAAGCCAAACCGCUCGGUAUAGAGAUUGGGAAACAGCUCUAGGACGCAGUGCUUUCAUCUUGGUCCCAAACUACCCGGACGGAGCGUUCUUUCUGGCCACCGGACUGGACAUUCUUCGGCUGUGUCAACUUCGCAACCUUCUUCCAAGGCUGGUGGCGGCCAUCGUUGGUGGUUUGGUUGACUAUAGAAGUCGUUGCCACUCAAGGUAUCAAGGGUCUAUCUAUAUUUAUUCAUUGGCGCUAACUAUCAAACAAACAGAUCAUCACUGCUCAGCCCAGGAAAUAAAUUGA